CGCGUACGUGCGUACGUGCGUACGUGCGUAACGUGCUCACGCGCGGCAGAUUCGCAGCUACCGGGCGGAGUACUUUCCCUCCGCGCACUUUGACCUGACCGCGACGUUAGGAGGCCCCCGGCUCCGGCUGAUUCGUCGGCGCGCGCUCCCGCCGAGGGGAAUUUCACGAGCCGCGCGAGCUAGGCGUUUCCCCGAAACGGCGCGAUAAAUCGCGCGACAAGUCCCGCGACGGAUGCCGAUGAACAACACGUCGAUCAGCGGCCACAGCGCAAGAUCUCUUGGCGGCGGACCAGAGCGCAGCAUUCGCGAGCCGUCGUCGUCGUGGAAAUUGCCGAGGUCGACUCGACUCCAGUUGGACCAGUGCCCAGGAUUCCGCCAUGGAGUCGCUUCUGGAGGAGACCGGCGCAUCGGGCAGAGCGACAGGCUCGCCGAAGGCUGAUCAGGAAGAGGAACAGCAGUUGGAUCGUACGGAGGAACCAGCGGACCCGACCAGUCCCGAGAUGGGUUGCUGCGGUUGUGCGGACGAGCCGUCGUCCAAGGUGGAGCCCACGACUCCCGAGAAUCAAGGCUCGCCGUCGAGCUACUCGCAGCCGAUCUUCGUGAAGGAUCGAUCCUGCACCGACGUGUUGGCCGUGAUUGUCCUGCUCGCUCUCGCCGGCGGAUUCGCCUUCAUGAUGACGAAUGUAGUGAAGAAGGGUGACAUUUUCCGCGUGAUCAACGGCUACGAUGAUUGCGGAAACGUCUGCGGCCGCGUGACCCCGGCCGAAAGCGACCCGAGAUUUAGCUGCAAAGGUGGCAACAUGGUCGACAGGAGGUAUCUCGACGUGGAAAUGGAAACAACCGGAGUGAAGAAACGCACGUGUGUGGCCAAGUGCAACGAAAUGUCGAAUACAACGAUGCUGUUCCUGAACCGCUGCGUGCACAAGCAUGUGACCGACACCAUCAACAAGAUAAUACGGAACCUCGGCUUGGACAGCUUUUACAGAGAAGCGGUCAACGAUCUCGGAGUCGCUUGGCGCGAAUUGGUUUAUCUUCUGCUCAUAGCUUUGGCGUUCUCGCUCGCCAUCCUGGUGGCCUUCCGCUAUAUGGUGCAAUGGAUCAUUUAUAUCGUAUUGAUCGGCGUAAUUAUCGCCUGCAUCGGUGGCACGACCUUCCUCUGGUUGGCGUGGUAUCAGGAAAAUAAGGCCGUAAAAGAGAACGCGAUACCCGCCGAGGAUUCCAGCGUGGAGCCCUACUUCAUCUACGCUAUUAUUAUGUCGGUCGUUACGGCUAUCACGCUUCUGGUGGUCCUGGUGAUGAGGAAACGGAUCGCGCUGGUCAUGCAGCUCUUCCGGGAGGCGGGCAAGGCGGUAUGCGCGAUGCCGGCCUUGCUGUUUCAGCCCAUCUACACGUAUCUGCUGAUCGGCCUGACGGUGACGGCGUGGGUCUAUUGUACGCUGUGGAUCGAGAGCGCUGGCGACAUUUAUAAGAACUCUAAAGGUCACAUCCAUUUC